UCACGAGAGCUUAACCUUCGCAGGUUGUUUCUGUUUCAUUCUGUAUAAUCCCUCCAACCGCCUGAGGCCUCACAGGCAUCGGAGAAGGGUCCAGCAAAGCCAUUUAAUACCUAACACAAGACAGGGCGGAUUUCCCACGGUGAAUUCCUCGACAGACGUCCCCCAGGGGCCUCUCCACUGAGUCCCUUCUCCACGUGACGGAGUUCAUUAUCUCUGCAGCAUGUCGGUCAAUGUCAAAGUCACACUGCGUGAAAUCCUGAGUGAUCUGAGUGAGGAAAACUUCAAAGCUUUCAAAUGGUAUCUGGUGAAUGGAGUUGAUGACAAGACAAUAAGCUGUCGCUAUUUGGAAUUAGCCGACCGGGAAAAGACCAUCGACGAGAUACUGAGCCACUUCGGCAGUUCUGAUGCCCUCGAAAAAACCAGGGAGAUCCUGGAAGCCGUACCUAGGAGAGAUCUCGCCGACAAGCUCAGGAAGAAAGUGCCAGUAGCAAAACAAGCUCAGGAGAGAAAAAAGGAGACGCUAAAGGAGCCCACAGAGAAGACGCUAAAGAAGACCACAGCAGAGGAGCACAGGAAAGAAACAAUGACCAAUAGCAUUUCAAAUGUGAAGGGGGCUGUUGUCCGACAGGUCCUUACUGCCAGCUUCGAGACACUGAGAAAAGAUCAAUUUGAAAAGUUCAAAGAUGUGCUGUGCAAGACACCCAUGAAGGAGCUUGUGGCGGAAGGAGAUGCUUUCCUUGACGCACCCAAUACAUUCCAGAGGGACGCCAGCCUAGAAAACCUUGUCGAGGAUUUGAUAGGCAAAUUCGGCCGGACUUACGCACUGAGGGCAACUGCGACGGUGCUGGAAAAAAUAGGGAGAAGGGACCUUGCUAAAGAACUCCAGGGAGAAUUACAAGCCCUGCAAGUGACCUCUCAUGGACUGAGAAGAAAACCCAAAGGUGGAGUAGAGAACCAGAAGCCAGGUUCCUUUUGCAGAUGGCUCUGAGAUUUUCCCUUCACUGCAUCCUGCCCCCGGCUUCCUUCUAAGACAUCGCGGAGUUGGAAAGACACAGCCGCAAAUGCUGAUCCGAGCCCUCUAGCGAAUUCGAUAAAACGGCGAAUGCUUCUGUGACGUUGCACUCUAUAUGAUUUUAUGAAAAUAUGCUAAUGAGGGUGAAUAUACUGUACCUGGAAUAUGCUUCAUGCAAAAGGUCUCUUGUAAGGUAUCAUUAAAAGCUUAUAAUCUACUGAGUGUGAUCAUCCGAUUUGUAUAAAUGUAGCACUCGUGUAUCUGAAACGAGAAAUAUGAAAUAUAAUUCUGAGGGCCUGUUGUAAUUAUGCAAAGUGUGGGCCAUUAACAAUGGUUUGGAAUCUUGAUGGCUCCCAUCAACCAGGACAAUUGACUGUGGAUGGCUUUGUUUGCUGGCAGGCCUUCCUGGGAGUCAGGCUGGGAGGAAUGAGGGCUUGGGGGGUCUCCCAGGUCAUGUGAUCAUGUCACCUGAACUGGAAUCCAUCUUUAACCUGGUGCUUUUCCGUUGAGA